AUGAGCGGCAUGGGCCAAUCGGAGAAAAUCCCCUCGAGCGGGAAACCUGCACUUUUCAAAGUACCCGACAAAGGCGAUUAUGGUCUGGGUGCUGAGCCCCCUUCUGCAUCAAACCGUCUAACGUACAACACCGAUAACGCUUCUACUCUGGAGCGGUUCAAAAUCCGCGAGAUCUGCGAAGGCUGGCCUCUUCAUCGCGAUGCCUGUGAAUGGUCAGAUCUGAGGGAAAUAUUUGAUCCAAAGGCAUUUAUCAAUAUCAGCUGGCAGCAAAAUUAUCGAGACAAGGCCAUUGAUACCUGGGCUGAAGGAUGGGCUAAAGGUGAAUUCAUUUGUCAUCGGGUUCUAGGCCAUGCAGUAGACAUCAAGGGUGAUAGGGCUAUCGAUAAGAUGAAGUGUACGAUUUCCUGGCGUUUUGCCGAUGAAAACGGUGUUGAAUGGGAUAGCGACUGUGACUGUCGUUUUGGAUACUUCCUGAAGAAGCAGCCGGAAGGAUGGAAAAUCUUCUGCAAUCAUCCCAUCUAUGAGAAGGACAAAUGUGUACCAGUGGACCCCACUCGACCACCACAUAUUGACCAUGAAUCUCUAGCAAAGGAGCCCAAAGGCUACCAGUUUCUGGCUUACGGUAUGCGCCGGCUAGGCUCCCCAAUCAAGCAGAAUCUGCCCCAGUUGUUCGGCAGAGAGCGUGACAUGGUAUAUGAGAACAUGGCUGAGUGGCUGGAUGGUAAGGAUAUCGAUUUCUCUAAAGAUGACUUCUGA